AUGUCAGUUGCUGAAUCGCACAAAAGGUCUGCGGAGGAUUCUUUAAGUAGCGGCAAAGAAGAAAAUCCAUUUAUGGAUGAAUUCAAAUCACGUGAGAGUCAGGGUAAGAAGUUGAUACUAAGGCUACCUUCUAAGUUUGUAAAGAAACCGAAACUCUUCGAGAUGGGAGGCAGUCAAUAUCAGCAUGAACAGGGAUUGCUUGAUGUUUCGAUAGUUUCUGAGUUAGAUUCCAAGGUUGAGGGUUCCAAGGUUGAGGGUUCCGAGGUUGAGGGUUCCAAGCUCGAGGAUUCCCGACCUGAGGAUUCCCGACCUGAGGAUUCCCGACCUGAGGAUUCCCGACCUGAGGAUUCCAAGCUCGGUUCCAAACCUGAAGAUUCCAGUGCAUCCGUUUCAUCAUCUGAUACCGGGGAAGAUGAAAUUCCGGACUCUGUGAAGCAGGAGAUCUCGUGUGUGCUGAAGUCCUUUCCCGGUCUCGAGGAAAGGUACAGGCUUUUUGACAAGAUUGGUGAGGGAACAUUCUCAUCUGUUUACAAAGCCGAGAACCUUCAGGAUCCGUAUGAAGAAGAAUCUGAUGAUCACAAGCACAAACAUAAGCAUAAACACAAAUACAAGUACCACCUUGUGGCUUUAAAGAGAAUAUAUGUUACGUCUUCACCACAGCGAAUAUUAAACGAACUUAAACUGCUUAGAGGUUUUAACCUGUCAAUGAGAGUGGCACCUUUGUUGGAUGCUGUCAGAUAUGAAGAUCAAGUUAUUGCUGUUCUCCCAUACUACAAGCACGCGGAUUUCAGGGAUUUUUACAGAGAUCUUCCGAUGCCGGGAAUCCGUAAGUAUAUGGAAGAACUAUUGACAGCCUUGUAUCAUGUGCAUCAAGGGGGGAUCAUUCAUCGUGAUAUUAAACCGACCAACUUCUUGUAUGAUCCAUUCACUAGACAUGGUGUAUUGGUUGACUUUGGAUUGGCUGAGAAAGAGACCGAGGGAGAUAUCAAUCUCUGUCCAUGUGCGCAUCAUAUAUUAGACGAAAAGGUUCCUUCAUUUGAAAAUGAUCUUAUGGUGCGUGGUUAUCUUCGAGACGACCCCCGUCCUGGUAGACGAGCCAACAGGGCCGGUACUAGAGGAUUUCGUGCUCCUGAGGUAUUAAUGAAGUGUCCCAAUCAGACCUUUUCCGUAGAUAUCUGGUCUGCAGGUGUCAUAUUGUUGACCCUACUUGCUCGAAGAUUCCCAUUUUUCAAUUCAUCUGAUGAUACCGAGGCAUUGGCUGAGCUUACCAAUGUAUUUGGCAUCAAAGCCAUGAAGGAAUGUGCAAAAGAGCAUGGACUGGGAUUUGAAUGCAACCUGCCUAUAGCAGAACAUAAGCAUGCUCUUGGCUACAUUAUACGGAAGGCAUUGGAGGACGAUGCCAAAGAAGGUGAUACAUUUGCAGACGAUUCACCUGCCUGGGAGGGAUUACACUACCUCAGCGAGCAGGGAGAAGUGAUCAAGACAGAAGGUAGCCAAGUUUGGGAGGAUGUGAUGGAAGUCUUGGAAGAGUGUAUGUGUCUUUCGUCAAAAAGAUCGUAUUCUUCAGCCAUUCUUGAGAUGAGCUUCUUCCAUCCAAUUACACCCGAAAAGCAUUGGGCGCGUGACGACGUCAUUCUUGACUAA